GGAGCAGGUUCGAGGAGCUACAUGACUUACUCUUUCCAUUAAUUCCAAUGAUUAAGUCAUCUGGAAUCUUCCUGUUUUCAUUUUUAUUGAAGAUGGGUGAUUAAUCUGCUGUCAGUAUUAGAUAGCCAUUGGUCAUUUAAGAAUGCUAUACUUUAUGUUUUUAACCCAUUCUAGUCAGUUUUCCCUCAGGAAAUGAAAGAAGCAAAAGUCUUGAUAUAAGGUCAUGUAAAUACCUUCUCGGCAAUGCCUGUGAGGUUGGCAACCCAAUAAGUUGUAUAGUGAAUCAUGCCCUACAAUGCACCUCCUCACUGCCACAAUCUACACUCUCUUCCCUAAUCACUACCUUACUCCCUUAACCACUCUCAUCAUGGUCUCUCACCUCCCCAGCUUCACUUUCCCUCUAAUUCCCAACCUCUGUAUUCCAUUCUCCCUCAGGCAACAGUUAGCCAGCCUAAAAAGAAAUGGCAAAACCACAGGAAACUUUGAAGUUUCCUUUCUCAAACCCUACCCCAUGUGGAAUCCCUGUGAUUGGAUCAAGGCUACAGAAUAGUAUGAAUACACUAAACGGUUUGUAAUACAAUCAUAUUUGGUGUCAGGUUUGAAUUCCCCUGUAAUUCUAAAGUAAACACUUUUUAUUUUUAGUUUGUACCACAUACCAACAUCUGUGCAUUGAGUAAAAUAAUUCUAAGCAUUAUUUUUGUUGGAAACUUGCUAAUUCAAUAACUAAAUCAUUUCCAUUGUCCAUUUCAUUCAGCAUGUUAAAGAUGUGGAAAGAAAACAGACCUUGGGGAUUGGUUGUCUGUGUUACAAGCCAUCCAGUUUUAAUUUCCAGUGACAUGUUGAUGAUUGUGUGGAUAUCAUUGGGGGUCACAAUGUUGCAAAUAACUCAAGACUUUACAUGGCAUCUAUUCAAUUUAAAAAGGAACAUGUAUGUGGGGGAGCGCUAAUUAAACCUCAGUGGGUAUUGACUGCAGCACACUGCAAAAACAUAACAGUAGCAGAAACAGAAGUGGUUGUUGGAUCUCAUUCACUUUCCAAGCAAAAAAACAAACAGACAAUAAAGCUGAAGAAGAUGUUUCCACACCCAAACUUCACGUGGGAAACUUUUGGAUAUGACAUUAUGCUGCUUCAGUUGAAGAAUAAAGCCAUUCUAAACAAGUCUGUCUCAACUCUAAAGCUACCUAAAUCAACUAAAGGGGUCAAACCUGGAACCAAAUGCAGUGUCGCAGGAUGGGGAGCAACUGCAACUGAAUUGUAUUCUGAUACUUUACAGGAAGCUAACUUAACUGUCCUGAAAACAGAAAUUUGCAAGAAAAUAUAUUUACUUAAUGUAACAAAUGACAUGAUAUGUGCACUUGGUAAAGAUUCCAAACAGGAUGUAUGUAUGCGUGAUUCCGGUGGUCCGUUAAUAUGUAAGAAGAAGUGGUCUCGUCAAAACGUGUACAGUGGCAUCGUUUCGUUUGGAAGUCCCUGCAAGGAUAACAUCAAACCUGGUGUUUACACUCAUUUAUCAAACAACUAUCUCUCAUGGAUCAACAAAGACUGGGAAACAAGAAAGCUAACUUUAAAAUGAAACACCAAACUACACAUACAUGGGAAGGAAGAUACUGAUUGUUUGCAUGAUUAGCCUCGGACUCGGUAUGUGGACACUGGGGCAUUGCUGUGGAAAAUGCAUGGAUCGGCAAUCUCCAUCAACCUGUCUCAAUGAAGAAGGUGCAAUGUAUGCAGAAACUCCUUUUGUUUAGGCAGAGGUGAGUGACUUUUGUGGUGUAGUGGUAGUGUCGCUAUCACUGAGUCAGGAGUCAAGUCCCAUCUGCUCCAUACCGUUACACAUCUGGACAGGUUGAUUUGGAAAAUUUCUACUCAGAGCAGUCUUGUAUGAAUACAACAAACUUUGUGUUAACUGGCACUCUUGAUAAACCACCAAAAAUUAUAUACUUCAAAUAUCUCAAAGUUUACAGUAUUAUUCUGUCGAAUUAUUAGUUUUUAGGGUGAGA